GGACUUACUUACAGACGAAGAAGAAUCGUUGCCAGGCCCCGUUCUUAGGCAUUGAAUCCGGAGCCGUCCAUGUAAACAGUGCAGGAGAAAACCCCAAAUAAAAGGAGAUCCAUUGCUACGACGGGGAGCCUCAGGAGUCUGCUGACACCAUGUCUCAUCCCCUCUUCAACGCUGACCUUUUGGGAAAACAGCGAUCCACCCAGAUUCAUAAUGGACCACCAGUGAAUGACCUUCCCAGUGGAUUUCCUAGUAUUGGACCAGGAUCUAGAUUGACUUCUUCUGGAUCUUCAUCUGCAACUCUUCCCAACUACAUGUCAGGUCAAAACACAGCCACAUCACAUAGCAAUCCAGGGACUUUAUCACACUCAAUCCUUCAGAGUGUCAAAAGCGUGGAACAUCAACCUGUGACGGCCAAUUUUACCAUCAAUCAAAGUAAUGCAUUUCCUUCCUCCUCUGCAAUACCAUCAGCAUCUCAAGACCACCCACAGGCCAUCGCUGCCAUUGACAGCACUUCCUUGGACUGGUUGCCCGUCUCCAAACCAGCUGCAAAGACUGAAGCACCAGAAAGUUCCUAUUCAUACUUUGUAACUGGUUUCAAUAAUAAUCAGAGGGUUUCUUCUGGUGAACAGGUGGACACUCGUGCCUUUGGUCAUCAUGACAAUCUAGCUCCAGAUAAAUCUGUUUUGUCUGAGUCCGCUCAGCCAAAGCACCGUACAGAAUCAGCAGCUGAGAUUCUUCAGAGGUUUGGCCUCGAUGUAAACGACUUGAAAGAACUUCAGUCUUAUGAUUUGGGUCAUAUUACUCCUGAAAAUCUGCCUCAUAUUUUGCAGCAGAUUUUUGUUCAGAAGCAGAAAAGAGCUGCUGGAAAGUCUUCUGAAGCGCACCCUCAACUACGAGGGAUUCUGAAGCCUAGUAAAGUGUCUGACUGUGGGCAUUCUGAGAUGGAAAGGACCAGUAGUGAAAACAGUGGUCAGGUUAUAGACAGCGUACCACUGGAUGAGCAAAGGGCGAGUGCUUUGCACUCAAAACAGACAUCUUCAAAUAAACCAGAUAGUGGCCCGUCUGAACCAUCGGCAGCAGAGUCCAGGGAGCAGGCCACGAAACGUCUCGGACCUAAUGUCCUCCAAGCUUGUCCUUUAAAGAAGCCAAGGUUGAGUCCCCUACCAGUUUCAGAAACCCAAACAUCCUCCUCCAAGGUGUUUGAUAUUCUUUACAGUCGUGUAAAUGUUGACAGCUCAGGUUUGAAGCAUCAAGGUUCUUCUAAAGCUUCAUCCAGCAAACUGCCUGAGUUCAAGGAGUCUAGUGCCAAAGGUUUGCCAACGCUCGGCAUGACUGAAGACUACAAUGGCACCCAACCGAGAACAAUGCCCCACCAGUGCUCUCUCUGUUUCAGGAUAAUUGCUGACGAAAAGAAUUGGCUCAUCCACCGGUGUAGCGAGCUCCACCGUGAGAACUGCAGACUCUUAAAGAAAAGAUAUCCUGAGUGGUUUGGUGAGACGCAGCCGUCCCACAGCAAAAAUGCAACGGGAUCCUCUGCAACUUCUGACAGUUCGCAGCGUCGUCGUGAAGAAAGUAACCCUGAAAGCAGCUCCUGUUUAAGCGGUGCCAGCCGCAGCCAGGGCUCGGAGGCUCUAAGGGACGAGUCCAGCUGCAACGACCCACACCGGCACCACAGCAGGGGGUCACGUUCCAACUCACACAGCCCUGGGUCUAAUCCAGGGUCUGAGGAAAAUAGGCCAAGAAGCUGGUCCCCUUCCAGCUACAGCCCAGAGUGCACAUCUGAAGACGAAGGACGAUCCAGAUCACCUCACAGCAUAGGUAAAGCUGACCCAUCUGUGGGGAGAAGAGGUGGUUAUGAAAGUCCAGAGACUUCUGUUAGUCCUGUGGAGACCCAUCAAGCUAAAUAUACUCCAGAAUCCGCUGUUGAGAUCCUUCAGAAGCUUGGACUUGACAAAGAGGACCUAAAAGAGCUCGAGUCUUAUCCCUGAGGAUCAGAUCACUGUCGAAAAUCUGCAUCUGAUUUUGAGUCAGAUCGCCCUCCGGAAGAAGAGGAGAGCCACGGCUGCCGGGAUGAGUUUGGAUCAAAGGCCUCAAAGUCCUGACUGUGGCCCUGCUGCUAAAUGUACUGGUGCUGGAGACAAGCUAAAGGAGAGCUGUGCAGGCAACAGUGAGGCAGGCGGAGCUAAAUUACCGCUGGAUAAUCCAAGUCUCAGUUGUUGCAAAAAGAAACCGUUAAAAAAAUGUGUGAAAGGCGUCAAAACUACCGGUUUGGACUCAAAGAGUCGCCCCCUAAAGAAAAAAAUGAAACAGAAAGACGGACAGCCUCUCAAGGCUCCAGCAUCCAAACGCGUUCCUUUGAAAAAACCUCAGUCGGCAUCAAAAAUGGAACAAGGGAGUCCUCCCGGCGCUUUGGACCCGGACAAUACAAUGAAAAAAGUUGGAGCAAAAGCAACGGCGCCUGCUGGUCAGAAGUCAAAGCUGCAGGCGAAGCAAAAACUCAUCAGGCAGAAGUUGAAGCAGAAGAAUCGACUGAAGUGUGACGGUGAAGCAGAAUCCAAGAAAGCUUUCCUGUACAAUGCUGCUUCUGCAAAACUAGCUCCAACCAAACCGCCCGUCGUCAAGGCUUCAGUGUCCAGUCGUAUGCCAACCCAAGCCAAUGUUAAAGACUACGUAGGAAUCACGCCGACAACCUUCCCACAUACCUGCUCCAUCUGUAACAAGAAAUGUUGGGACAUGCAGGCCUGGCUGUCCCACCAGAAUAGCAGCUUUCACCUGGAGAGCUGCGGGAUCCUCCGGACACAAUAUCCCCAAUGGGAUGGGGAAGUUCUACCACUACUCAGCAGUCGUUCCCCAUCAAGUAGCCCCUACCUGGAUUAUGGCUCAGACAGUCAAAUGAGCAGGUCUGGAAGCAGGUCCCGUUCUCCAUCAUACAGCCCGCCUCCGGGUCGUUUCUUCAAUAGAGAAAGGUCAAGGUCCAGAAGCAGAUCAUGGUCCAACUCCUACCACCAUAGUGGGCCCAAAGGCAGAAGAGAAGGGAGCAUCAGUCGAUCCAGAUCACCUUACCACUAUGGACACUAUCAAAGGUUUCAAUCUCAAUAUUGCUCUUCCCGGUACAUGUGCCCAUCUUCCCCUCACAGUCACUUACGUUCAAGGAGCCGUGAGAGACUGUUUUCAUCAAGGAACAUAGACGAGAAACCCAUUUCACCGAAGAGAAGCCAGGAGAGACUGUAUUUGUCCAGGAACAUUGAUGAGAAACCAUUGUCAUCGAAGAGGAGCCAAGAAAGAUGCUCUUCAUCCAGAAACAUAGACGAGAAACCACUGUCACCAAAGAGGAGCCAAGAGAGAGUGUCCUCAUCCAGCAAGAUAGAUAAUGCAGUCUUUAUUGAUCUCACAGUCGAGAAACCUUUCUCACCGAAGAGAAGCCAAGAGAGAUUGUCCUCAUCCAGCAAGAUAGACGAGAAACCUUUGUCACCGAAGACGAGUCAAGAGAGAGUGUCCUCAUCCAGCAAGAUAGAUAAAACAGUCUUUAUUGAUCUCACAGUUGAGAAACCUUUCUCACCGAAGAGAAGCCAAGAGAGAGUGUCUUCAUCCAGGAAAAUAGAUGAGAAGUUGUCCUCACCGAAGAGGAGCCAAGAAAGAUUGUCCUCAUCCAGGAAGACGGAUGAGAAACCGUUGUCCUCAUCCAGGAAAAUAGACAAAAAAACAUUAUCACAGAGGAGGAGCCGAGAGAGACAGACAUUGACAGAACAGGGCGACGAGAGACGGCCGUCCAAAGAAAGUUCGAUUCAUCGUAGUGAGAAGACGGGCAGUGCAGCGAGAAAUAUAAGAAAACCAACAGAAUCAUCUGGUAAAAUAGGCGAAUCAUCAGGUUCUGUGAUCACAUCUGGCAAAGGUGAACCAAAAGCUAAAGAACUGAGCAAAAGGCAGCCGCCACAGGUUUUGUCAGAUGAUUGGACUCCAGGGGAGAUGAUAGGAAGACUUUUUUCUUUCAAGAAUCUAGCGACUGUGGCUCGGAAAAAUUUAAUGUCACACCCAGAUGUUUCAAAGUGGAAACAUCUGCUGCUAAUAUCCAACCUUCCUGAGUAUUUUGAUGGCUGUUACACAGAGGAUGAGAUCGUCAAGAUUCUCCCGUCUUUUGGAUUCGAGAACCCCUGUGACAUUUUUGUAAUUCCUCACAAACAAGCGGUUGUUGCUUUCAAACAAUAUACGAAAACACUGAAGGAAACGCUGGAGAAAAAGCUUGCAUCUUGUGAUGACAUCUUUCUCAAAGGGUCUAAACUACAAUUUCAGACUUGCAUAUUGCCAACAGAUGAUUCACCGCUUGGGUUCUACAAAAUACUGAUGAGGCUCCUGUCUUUCAAGGGGAAUAAUUGGGGAGAAAAAUUAACCUACAUCCAGAAUAUCUCACCAAGUGAGGCCCGCAACCUCAGGAAGGCUCUGAGAAAGAUUGGGGGUGUAAGGAACUACCUGCCUCUACUCAACAAGGUUUAUGUUGAAUUUGAGUCGAAUCACGAUGCGGAUCGGCUCGGAGUUUGGUACAGCUUCCUGAAACGAGGCUGUGAGCACAAUGUACGAAGGUUAAAUGUAGAAACGUCCUACAAAGUAUCUACUGCUCCUAGUCUGCCUGAACAGGCCCUGCCUGACCCCCGUGAUGCUGUCGCUGAUGCAAGGAUCCCAAAAGCCAACGGUGGCAUUCCAGUUGGUACUGUCCCACCAUUUUGGAUCACCAUGCCAAAUCCACCGUACAUUUUUCCCACUUACGCACCGUGGUUUGACAUCCCUGAUUUCCUGACGGUGAUGGGAGUUGACGACAUAGAGAAAGCUCGCCCUCAGGCCUCCAAAUUCUCUACCAUCAUGCUGACUGGUUUCUGUGAUAAGAGUUGGCAACCAGGCGAAGUCCAUAAGUUUAUGACAGAAUACAGCCUUCAUCGCUUCAACGUGAUUUUCCUGCCACUGCAGAGAAGGGCCUUUGUGUAUUUCAAAAGCUGGGAUUCGUGCUGCUCCUUCAUCCAGAAUCACCUCAAAAGGGUUUUUUCUGAAGGAUGCUCCUCUUUCUGCGUCCACUUUGUGUUAGAGGACGUCCGUCCAGGAGCCGCUGAGGACAAGUUGUACACGACUGUGAUGAGACUAAGCAACGCUCACAUUUCCAAGCCCGAGUCCCUCACUGAGCGACUCAUCUGUGUGGGUGUCUCCGAAGUCUGGUUGUCUUUCAUCACAUGCCUUCUGGAAGUGGUUCAAUGCAUCGCUCCUUUUGUCAACUUCCUGGUGCUUUCUGAUCGAGUCUACAUAGAAAUGAGGGAAUCCAGCGGUGUAGCUCAGGUGUUGGAAUCUCACUCAAGGCAGAGUCUGUCUAAGAGGCGUGGUUGCUGGAGGAUUCUAAAAAUCCGUCCCAUGAACAACAAAUUGAGUUCGUCGUAGCUCUGAAACCUCCUGGACCUUGUGGACGAAGCUUGUGAAGAGCGGCAGAGAGAACCUGGUGCUUCUGUCACUGAGCCGGAGGACUUCAGGAGAGCAGAUUUAGUUCAUUAUCUGACUGAGAGAAAAGAGUUACCUUCAACUUCCUGAGUUGUCUCCUGGCAAGUUACCUGAGGCUGAUAGAGAGGAAGAGGAAAUGGACAAAGAGCUGAUUGAUUCAGUUAAGAAUCGGCCAAACAGAAAACAGCUAAAAAAUAUGAGACAUGAGGACGAGGAAGCCUUGAAGAAAGAGGGGAUAAGAUGACCAUGGGCAGCUUUGAUAAAGACGAUGCUCCGGCUGAAACAAAAACUCCCAGCCACAUGUAGAGCUACAGCAGAGGAGGUGCCUUAACAGGAGCUGGCGGCUCCAAAUCUGGUGAAACUGUUGCAGAAGAUGUCGACACCGUGAUACAUUACUCAAAGUUCCUAAUCUGUUGUUACGUUAUAGCCACAGACUUUAAAUGUUUUAUUAAGAUUCUAUGUGAUGGAGCAACAAAAGGCAGAGUUUAAUUGGAAAACUAACAAUAAAGUCUGUCUGAAAAGUCAAAAA